AUGACGUUCCUGACUGAGAAGGAGGGGGAGGAGGCGUGGAAGGACUUCUUUGACUCACAUCUCCAGGAGAAGCUCUUUGAGGAGAGGAGAUGGACGGAGAAGAAGCUCAGCAACUGGAAGAGGGAGGUGGAGAGCUGGAUCGUUGAGAUACAACAGGAGUGGAGACUGAGGGAGAAGGCUCAGAGGAACAUGGUGUUCAAGCUGCUGAUUAUGGACCUUCCUCAGAGGAGGAGAGUCAUUGAGAACCUCAGAGAGACGGACGACCCCGCCAGCGAUCAGGUGGCGAGAGAGAUGGACGGAGAGGAGCGGAGGACAGAAAACAUCGGGGUGAAUAAGAGGAGUGACGAGGAGGGAGAUGGAAGGAGAGGAAAAUGGGUGGAGGAGAUGAAUGAGGGGUGCCGCUGCUGCCAAGGAGACGGAGCGAGAGGGAAGGAGAAAAGCCAGAGCCAUGGUCAGAGGAAGGAGGAAGAGAAAAGAUACCAGAUGCUUGUGGAAAUGCAGCGUAUCCGUUCCCACGAAGAGAAAAGAGAAAGGGAAACCUUCCUGAGAAACAAGGAGAGGGAGGAAAAGAAAAGGGAGGAUGAGGAGAAAAUGAGAGAGAGGGCCCAUCUGGCCAGGCAAAAAAUGGAUGCGGACAGAAGGGAGAGAGAGGUGCGCAGGAUGGAGAGGGAGAUAGUGGUGAAGAGAAAGGAGGUUGACCACAGAGUGAUGUCUGUGAACAGGAAGGUGUUCUCUCUCAGGUCCGAGGCUGAACAAAUCAGGAAGGAGAGAAAGUCACUAAGGAUGUUCCAGAGCAAGCUAGAGAACCUGGGACCAAAUAUGGAAGUCCAGAGCAAGCUAGAGAACCUGGGACCAAAUAUGGAAGUCCAGAGCAAGGCUCAGAACCAGGGACUAAAUAUGGAAGUCCAGAGCAAGCUAGAGAACCUGGGACCAAAUAUGGAAGUCCAGAGCAAGGCUCAGAACCAAGGACUAAAUAUGGAAGUCCAGAGCAAGGCUCAGAACCAGGGACUAAAUAUGGAAGUCCAGAGCAAGGCUCAGAACCAGGGACUAAAUAUGGAAGUCCAGAGCAAGGCUCAGAACCAGGGACUAAAUAUGGAAGUCCAGAGCAGGGCUCAGAACCAGGUAGUGAGAAUGGAAAGUCAGAGCGAGAACCAGGAAGUGAAGAGAAGUGUUAAGCAGAGCGCCGACCAAGGCAGACAGAAAUGCUCUGUGAAAGCAGAUGAGGAGAAAACACAGAAUGACAUUCAAAGAGAGGAAGAAAAGAGGCAAAUCGAGGAGGGGGACAAGAAGGACGAGAUACUGAGUGUGAGUGAGAGGUUGAGUGAGAGAGAAGGGAAGGGACAGAGAGAGGGGGAGAGGAAGAGUCGAGAAACUGGGAUUGAUGGUAACAUUGAACGUGAGGCAGUUGGUUUGGUAGAAGACAACAGAGAAAUGUCUGAGGACAGAGUCAGCCUGAAAGAGACGGACAAGGAAAGGAGGAGUGAGAAGCCUGUGAGAGUAGAGAAAAAGGAGGCGUCUGAGGAGAGGGAAAUAAAGUUGGAGAGGAAGAGGGAAAUAGAGGCUAAGCGGGUGAUAGAGGAGGAGAAGAAGAAGUCUGAGGAUGAACAGAGUGGGAAAAAGACACAAGAGACAAAGCAAGAAAAGCAGACUUCAACAGAGACAGAACUGAGUGACUGGGAUGUGGACAGUGAGGAGGAAGAGAUUGUGGCGGGGAACUUGAAGAUGAAUAAGAAACAGAAGAGCGAGGUGGUGAAGAAGAAGUCUGAGGAUGAACAGAGUGGGAAAAAGACAAAAGAGACAAAGCAAGAAAAGCAGACUUCAACAGAGACAGAACUGAGUGACUGGGAUGUGGACAGUGAGGAGGAAGAGGUUGUGUCGGCGAAAUUGAAGAAGAAGAAACAGAAAGAGCUGGAAGAGAGGCAGAAAGGGGAGAAAAGGGGGAGAAUGGAGGAGAAGAAGAAGGAAGAAGAGCGCCUGAGGAAUAGGGAGGAGGACAAGAGGAAAGAGGAGGAGAAGAAGCUACGAGAGCAGGUGAGCCUGACAGUCCUGCAGGAAUCCUGGAAGAAGGCUAAAGCGGAAGACAGGAAGAGAUCUGAGGCAACCAAAAUGGACGCAGAACAGCAGCACCAGUGGGCUGUUUUUUUCAGUGACUUGAGGAAGGAGGAGGAGGAGGAGCAACAGCAACUAAAGGAGUUGAGGGAGAACAGGAGGAAGGAGUGCGUUGUUCAGGGGGGCUUCCCUGUCAACAGGACAACGCACACGGCCCCAGGAAAUGAGUCAGCAAUAUCGGUGAGUUCAUAUGAGGAGACUGGCUCUGAGUGGGAGAGGCAGUGGGAGGAGGACAAAAGGAGGGAGAAGGAGAGGAAGGAGGAGGAGGAGAAGAGGAAGAGACUGGAAGAUAAGAAGAGGGAGGAGAUGGCAAAGGAACGGGAGGAGCAGAAGAGUAGAGAGGCGGAGGCGAGGUGGCAGGCACGUCUUGUUCCCAAGAAAAAGAAAGGUGUAUUUAAGUCAUUCUUCAACCUUUUUGUGACAUAGAGCAGUAAAGAAUCAAUACAAACAUGACGUCUUUUCAUAAUUUUAAU